AUGCUCCGAUCUCCUCGUUUUGAUGAUCAAAAUAGCAGAUCUGGGGAAGAUUUGGUGAAGAAGAGGGAGGGGCGGCCGCCAGUUCAUCGUCGAGAAGGAACUGCUCGACCGGAGGAGUGGGCUGGGUUAGGCCCCCGCGGCCCGCGCGCGUUACUUAAUCCUGGUCAGAAACGCCAAGGACCUUGGCGUUUCAAGCGUGCCACGUCAGCGAAAACAGCGGGUUCAGACUCACUGUGGGCCAGGUCAAAAACGCUAGCCGCCUCGGCGUUUACGUGUUGGCUUGAAACGCUAGCUUGCUCGGCGUUUCUAUGUUGGGUGAAAACGCCGCGGACCCUGGCGUUUCUAAAAGGGUCAAAUCGUGAAAUACUUUCUCGUCGAGUUCAGUUUGUGACUAUAAACGCUAACAAGGUCAGAACAGUAAUUUUACCCGAGCAAAACGCGCCAUGUCCCUGGUCGCCGCGUGCGCCGCCGGAGCGCGCACCUCCCUGCUUUCCUCCUCCCCGUCGUCCUCGUCCCGCCCAUGCCAGGCUCUCGCCCACCAGGUCCGUGCGUAUUGGUCCCUUAUCUGCUCUCGCCCACCAGGUCCGUGCGUAUUGGUCCCUUAUCUCGCCGGCGGCGAGCAGGGGAGGCCGCCGCAGUACGCGUCUCCGGGUGCGCGCAGCCAGGUUGGAGUCCACCGGCGUCUCCGUGGGCUUCCGCGCACCCCAAUUCGAGCUCCCGGAGCCCCUGACAGGGAAAAUCUGGACACUGGAUGACUUCGAGGGUAGCCCUGCUUUGCUGGUCAGUGAAUCUCUUGGUCAGUCUGUGCUAUAGAUAGACGCACCGUUCGCUUUAAUGACUGAAAAAGUUAGCAUGCAUGCUUUCUAUUCAGCAUUCAUUGAGUUGGCAUAUGAGAUGACAUAAAUGUGUUUUUGGGUCAUUGUGUUGCAUUUCUUAUCUAUGCACUUUAAA